AUGAUGGAUUCGGUAGCCGCGGUUGUCCAACAGCAGUCGUCGUCUUUGUCGUCUUUCAACUCCCCGUCGCCAUUGCUCUUACCGGAAAGGCUUAAUCUUGAGAAUCCCGACGGCAUUACUUUAUCAAAUACUUCUAAGCCUUUCUCUUCCGUCUCCGGCGCUGCUGCUCCACCAGGCACCUCUGGUUUUACCCCACUACCCUCUCGCCCGUCAGUAAUCACAAACAAGAUGACACCUUAUAACUGCAUCCCCAGGUCCGAGGUAAAAGACACAAAACGCCUCUUGACUAGAUUACCUUCUAUCAAGAACGAAAGAAGAACCAAGACAUCCUCUAGUGGAUCAUCUACUCCAGACCUCUCCAGAUCAAGUUCUACAACCACAAGUACUACGCCAGUUCUAUCUCCUGAAUCUAUCUCGGACUCUCUAUCUUCUCACUCUUCUUCUGAAAUUUCUUGCUACAAGGUCGUUGCUAGAAAACGAUCAAUGGAUAGCAUUGCCUCAAGCGAUAAUAGCAGUCAGUACUCGUGUCUUGCUAAAGACGACCAGUACCUGCUUCACCUUAAAGAUGUCGAGGGCAUGUCAUGUUGGAGUGAUAUCGCCGAAAGGAUGUGCCGAAAAGGAUAUUCGGUUCAGCAAAGAGGGUUGAGGACGAGAUAUUGCAUCCUUAAGCGGGAUCUAGACCUUUCUCUUCAACGCUCCAUGGAGAAUCUUGUCAACAUCCAAAGCGAGGUCGAUGAAGUCCUCGGCUCGAGUAACUGCCCCGUCCGAAGACUUGCUUCGUUUAAGAACAAGAAGAUCGGAGGCAACCUUCGAGUUUACGACGAAGAAGACGAAGCCGUGGACCCUCGUGUAUGGGAUGAUCUCGCAGCCUCGCUCCAAGCAAGCGGACUGAGAUAA